CCAGCAAGUAACCACAGUGUCUCUAACAUAAUAGUUUUAUUCACAUCAGUGCAUCAUGAUUCUUUAUAAGUAAUAAUCAGUGUUGCAUUCACGUAUUAAAAAGUGAAACAGGAGUUGUGUACUUCUCCCAGGCGGGCGGGCGUUGUCAUCCGGAGCCCAGCCCUCUCUGUAGGACGUGCAGUGAAGUCAGUCUGCUGCUAACAGCUACCAGCACAGUCUCUGGAGUUAGCUCGAGAGCUAGCCAUGAGCUAACAAGCAGCUAGCUGAGUCUUUUCAUUCCGCCACCAUAUUUCAACCUUUAUGAAACAUCGAGCCGGUGUGGACUCUGCUUAACUUACCGGACUCUACAAUCUUCAUUUCACAAUCCUCCCCUUCAUCUCCAGCUCCACUUUGAACUCUCUCACCUUUUACACGUCUCACUACACAGAGCCAUGGCAGCUGCUAAGCCAAAAGGGCAGAACUCUCUAGCCCUUCACAAAGUGAUCAUGGUGGGCAGUGGAGGGGUGGGGAAGUCCGCCCUCACUCUUCAGUUCAUGUAUGAUGAGUUUGUGGAAGACUACGAGCCCACCAAAGCUGACAGCUACAGGAAGAAAGUAGUCCUGGAUGGAGAGGAGGUCCAGAUCGACAUCCUUGACACAGCUGGACAAGAGGACUACGCAGCCAUCCGGGAUAACUACUUCCGAAGUGGCGAGGGUUUUCUCUGUGUAUUCUCCAUCACAGAACUGGAAUCAUUCGCAGCAACAGUAGACUUCAGAGAGCAGAUCCUGCGAGUGAAGGAGGACGAGAACGUACCCUUUCUCCUGGUCGGCAACAAGUCAGAUUUGGACGACCGACGGCAGGUCAGCGCGGACGAGGCAAAGGCACGUGCCGAGCAGUGGGGCGUGUGUUACGUGGAGACUUCUGCCAAAACCCGUGCCAAUGUGGACAAGGUGUUCUUUGACCUGAUGAGAGAGAUCCGGGCGAGGAAAAUGGAGGACAGCAAAGAGAAGAACGGGAAGAAGAAAAGCAAAAGUUUGGCCAAGAGAAUCCGAGAGCGAUGCUGUAUUUUAUAGUGGUAACAGAGAGCAGGGCAGCUGCUUGUGUACAUAUACAUUUCUCAGACUUUUGCAUUUCUUUUGUGCCGAUAACCUGACCAUGACUCUCUUCUGUCUCUGGCUAACAGGACAUCUGACCGUGUGUCAGGGAGUAGUAAGGUGGCACUCCAUACACCAUUUAUAGCUCUAACUUUUUAUGUGCUGACACUCCAAAUAAUUUAUGUACUCUCUCUCUCUUACUCUGACCACAUUACAGAGUGUAAUAAAUGGAUGGUGUUUAUUUAGGCCGAAGCUUGACGAGAGGCUAAGCCCUGAAAUGUUUAAAAAAAAAACCUUUCAUUGUAAAGUUUGAUGUGUAUAAUAUAUUCAGACAACUGUGCAGUUCAAAAGAAAAGAAAAGAAUGGAGUGUCAGAGCCGAGGCUUAAACAGGGAACUGGAUUGUGGGUAGAAAAAUGAAUGCUAACCGACUCAGUGUCAACCCAGAAUUCAUCAAGUGCCACCCAGAAAAUGUACACUGCACUGGUGAGUCUAUGAAGCAUUUGAAUUUGAUGCCAUUCCGAAUUGUUGUUUUUACAUCUUACUUUGUAGAAGUGAUGUGAUUUUAACAUUUUAUUUAAUUUAUAACAUUUUUCUGUGACUUCUCUGUAAGAUGAGUGCACCGACGUCUGUUUUAUUCCCCUUCGCGCCACUUUCGUUGUUUCUCCUUGAAUGCACAAACAUCGACAACCCCCCCUUAAAUUGGUGAGGGAUUCUACAACACUUGAACUUUCUUUUUUUCGAUUCAAACAUUUCAGAAGUUUUACCUCGCUCGGCUAAUGACUCUCAUUGCCUUUUAUUUCUGCGACAAAGGAAUCCCUGGUGCUCUGAUAAAAGGCGAUUCCACAACACUACAUCCUUUACAUGCUGUCUUAAAUCCUAAAGAUGAUGAGACAAACUGCUUCCAGUCAUGUAAAGAUUUCUUUUGCCAAUUUCACUUUGUUUGGCUCAGACUUUUAAUCACAAACUUUAUUUUUUUUAAACCUAAAUGCAUUUCUGAAAAGAGAGAAAUUAACGGAUAGCUGAAUUGAAAGGCAUCAACUGUCAAAGAUGAAUGCAGGCUUUAUAGAAGUGGUGUUGUACCUGUCCCAAAAAAAAAACGUUGCUCUCUGUCACCAAAGAAAAAUGCUAGCUAGCACAAACAAGUGCCCACUUAUUGAUGGAAGUAAAUGACAACUGGCUAAGUGAGCACCAAAAGAAAGCACCUGAUGUUUGUGUACAAACCUUAUAAAGGUUGAGAAAAGAAUUGAACGUUACUUUUAAAAGGCCUGGGAAAGUAACGCGACAUUUACGGAGGAUUACUAAUUCAUGUACAGUGCAUCACUGUUGCCUCUCUGUCCAUUGUGAAUGUGAAUAACCCCUCCCCCUCUCUAAUUCCCAUCCUGUUCGCCUGUAAUCUUAGGCUGCCAAUGAUGUGUAGAGUUUGCAGGUUGUUGACUUUCUGCUUUGUUAUCUUUAUGGUUAAUCUUUUCUGUUAGGCUAUCUGCUUUUAUAAGGCUGUCGUAACACUUCCAUUCAACACCCGAUAUGUUCGUUUGAUCUUGCUCAUGUAGUCAUAACACUACAAACUUGUAAAGAUUGAAGCAGUGUAAAUCAAUUUGGCAAAAUGUGAUGAAUUCAGACCAAACCACACUGUGAACUCUGCCCCAUCACAAACAGGGUUUCUCUUUAUGACUGAGCCACUUUUUAUUCUUUACCUUUUGAAACUUCUAACUUAUUUAAAAGACCAUAUUUUAUUAAGUCGAACGGCAAUCAAGAGGCUGUUCUCACAUUUCACCUCCUCCGAGUUUAAGUCAUUUUAUUAAGACUUUCCUCAACCAAUAGGAUGCCCAACACUGGAGUCUAUGCAAAAGUCAAUGUUGUAAUUGCAAAAAAGAUAUGAAUCAAUUAAAGACUUGGUGUUGAAACCACUUUGAUUAAGAAUGAGAAACAUUUUAGCUGUUUAGAAAACCCCCAAAUGAUUCAGCACUGUUUUACAUUUCAAACUAACUUCUGUCUCAUCGACCUCAAUAGAACAUGGGUACUAAAAACUCCCUGCAUUUCUUUAUCAUUGGGGUUUUUUUUCACAUAGACUGAAUAACACGGGACUUCCACCAGAUCUGUGUCAGAGCCGUCCCCAAUACGCUGCGGUCCAGCUCUGUGGUCUCUCGCCUGUCAACACCCACCAGUUGCGUUUUCAGAACGCAUCUAGAGCAGGGCCGCCAGACUGCUGGAGUCAUGUUAUCGAGGUUUUCCCCCGAUAAUCACUGAUAAGAUGAUUAUCCGACCCCUCUACUGUCUUUAUUGGCCUCUGAAAACCUCUGACAUGUUGACUCCAGGCCUGGCUCCGCUCAAAAUGACAGUUUGUUGUUGUAUUUUAGUUAAAAACGAUCUGGUGAUCACACGGAGACCAUUUAUUCUGAAAAUUCACCAGAUGUUUUAAUUUGUUGUGGUGCCUGACUUCCUGUCCCGCUCAAUCUGCUCUGUGCAGAUUGGUGCGUCGUGCUCCGGCGUUCGUUAGGAAUAGAAGUCUUGCAAAUCUGAUCUGGAGGGCUCCGUCCUGCCGGAUCAGAGACGCAGCCGGAACACAACAAAGCGGAUCCAGAGGAAGUUAACACAUUGAUUAGAAUAGAAACCUAUCAAGUCCGGUGCUGUGACGGAUCAGGGACGGGCUGGACACAGAUCUGGUUGAAUUUGGCCACAAAGGAGUGGAAGUAGCCGUUGUGAUGUCACUCUGGUUUGAUUCCCACUCUGCCAAUCACCAUCCUUCUGUUUUUAAAAAAACAAAAACAAAGUGAGCACAUUUGGACGUCAGGGUUACGUCUCUGAUCUGGUUGACAAGCAGCAGUGGGAGGAAUAUAUAGUCACUUUCACUUUCAAUAGGUUCAUUAUUUACAACUUUAACACCAUGAUGUAUAAAAAGAUGACUUCAAAAUAAAAAGUGAGACCAAAAGGUCACAAGGAAAAUGAUAAUGGAGGGAAUAACUUGACUAAAAGUUGGGCAAUCUUUCCAUCUGGUUUCAGAGAAUCAGACUCCUUUUUGUAACCUGUGAUGUCUCCCCCUGCUGGCCGUAGGAAAGAAUGCAGCUUUUUUUAAGCACUUCUGCAUCAUCCUCACUUAUGCAACCAGAGGCUACGUCAACUUCUUUUUCAGUUUAUGGUUCCGACUCAGUUCAUUGUCUUGAUUGUAAACAGAUGCAAAAGAACGUCUGAGGCAUUUCUUUUCAACUUGAAAAGCACACCGUAGAGAGUUCAGAGGUGAGGCGAACUCAAACCCAAACUGUCACAUGGCAUCAGAAUGCUUGGAAGGUAGUUUAAGUUGAUAUAUUUUAAGGGCUAACCUCCAGUACACUACACAGAGACGGAAACACCCCUGAAAGUUAAAGUGACAGGUGGAGAAAACUGACAUAUAGUGUAAGAACAGUCUGUCUUUAGCUUAUGAUCCUAACAUUAACCCCUGUGUGCCCUCAGUGUUGAUGACUGCAGAAGCUACUAUACUCAAAGUGACCACCAUAGUGCUUGCUUUGUCCAACAUAGGUUUAACACAGUCUAGUUCUUGUUUCACUGCUUUUCUCAAAGCAGGUAUGUUCAUUCUAACUCUUCUUUUCUUUGUCUUCAUGUUUAGUUUUAAUAGACUUGAUGGCCCAUAUAUUUUCAGAGGGAGUGAAGAGGCAAUGUUAAAACUGAUAUUUGUGUGAAAGCUACGAGCGAAACUGUCCUACUGGGUAUUCAAAUGACUUGUUUUGCCUUUUAUAAAGAUACCCUUGGAUUAAGAAGUAGAUAUAUAAAUGUCUUUUGAUUGGUUGGUUGUAUGUAUGCCAUCAAUUAAUGUUUCCGUCAUGUUUACUUACUUUGAACAUAACCACUAAUGUAGCCUAUCUGUUUGUGAAUGCAAGAGGUGAAGCUUACAUUUCAAUUCAUUUUUUGUGAGUUCUUUGGAAAUGGCAAAUAAAGUGGAUAUUACUAAUAA